CUGGCGGGCACGGCUUGUCUUAGCCCGACCGGAGUGGUUGAGGUCGGCCCAGGGAGAGGGAUGCUAGUGAGCUGACAGGCAGGCUGAGAGAGGCGGCCAGGGCUGGGCCGGAGGGAGUGCUCGGGACGCCUCGGCAGGGUCUGUGGCAUUUUGACCGACUGACCCGGCCAGAGGGCGGAAGACAAAGAGGCCGGAACCUGACAGCCGCCGCUGUGGGGCAGCGCUUGGAGCCCACGGGCUCGCAGCACUGGCCAGCCCCGGCUUCGUUCUCGGGAGACCCACUACUGCCUCCUCUCGGGCCGCCUCGCUCCACCAACUCCUGUGACCCUUUCCCAAGGCCACCUGAGUGUAGAAGCCCAAGUCAGCUUCCCCGAGGCGUGAACUUGCCCAUCUGCCGCUCCCUUACUCUUGCUGAGUUCUUAUUUCGGCAGGGAGGAGUAAACGAGAGACCCAAUGUUCCGCACUUGACUUUGGUUCGGGCUGGAAAUUCGUAGUUUGGCGUCCAAGGGAGCGGGCGGACGCCUGGGACUUCCGGGAGGACCGCGGAGGUUCGGGGAAGAUUAGCCGCCCCCCCGCUGGACAGAGGCUUUUGUUGUCAGCCAAGUGUCGCCCUGCUGCUACCGUCCGCCUGGGGUCCCGUGCGGUUCGAGUUGACUCUACAGCUCUGAUCUAAGUCAAGUGCGCUACACGCGAUCAGACUUAGGUGAGGUUAAGAGUAAAGUAGACGGGCUUUUCUGUUCUCUGCCACUUCCGAGGAAUGCCCUAGUCGGCACCCAGAACUACAGCUUUUGAAAGAUCAUUUUCGCCUGGCUCUUGAUUUGCUGUCCUGAAAUGGCACUACCUCCAAUGACCACUUGGAGCAAACGAAAAGUCAGGCCGACUCUGGCAAGACUUUAAACAUGUGGAGAUAUUCCUCUGAUAGGAAGAAACUCCUUUUUAGAGAGACUCGGCUGCAGCUGUUUCUGCGGGGACAUGGGGAGAUCGUGAACUAAGUCUGGAACCCAGAAGCAAAGAGGAAACUGUUCUCUGCGGCUAAGAAUGGCCAAACCCACUCUGCGAGGAAACGGCACUAACUCUGAAUGCUUACGACAGCGCUUCAGGAGAUUCCAUUACCGGGAGGUGGCUGGGCCCCGCGAGGCCUUCUGCCAACUUUGGGAACUUUGCUGUCGGUGGCUGAGGCCAGAGGUGCGCACCAAGGAGCAGAUUGUGGAACUGUUGGUGCUGGAGCAGUUCCUGACGGUGCUGCCUGGGGAAAUCCAGAACUGGGUACAAAAGCAAUGUCCGGAGAACGGAGAGGAGGCCGUGACGCUGGUGGAAGGCUUGGAGUCUGGGCGACCUGGGCAUUCGGUCACAGUCUCCUCGGAGAAGAGGACACCCCUGAAAUCAUCACAGGAGUUCUUAGGUGUUCUUCAGGAGUCAGUGGAACCCCAGCCCAGGGGUGUAUCCAGGAGAGAGCGGGCAAGAGGCCCAGCCCCAGGACCACAGAAGCAGAUGAACCUGGAGACUCUCAGAGCUUGCCAAAGGAGCGGAUCAGUUCCUAAACCUGAUGUGGUCUCCAGGUUGAAUCAAGGAGAGCCAUGGACCCCAGAGCUCAGCUCCAAGGAGAAAGAUGUCCCAAAAGGCAACAGCACAGAAGACAAACAAGUCUAUACUGACCCAUUCCUAUCCCAGAGAGAGAGAAGUAGCUGGGUGGAACAGGAUCACUGGGGUUUUGAUGAUGAGAAGGUGGUGGGUGUGCACUGGGGCUACAGAGAGACUAGAACACUCCUUGCAAUUCUCAGUCAGACUGAAUUUUAUGAAGCUCUACGAAACUGUCAUAGGAACAGCCAAGUGUAUGGGGCUGUAGCUGAGAAGCUGCGUGAGUAUGGCUUCCUCCGAACCCUGGAACAGUGCCGGACCAAGUUUAAAGGUCUUCGGAAGAGAUACAGGAAGGUCAUGAGUGGUCAUCCACCUGAUACCUGCCCUUUCUUUGAAGAGAUGGAAGCUCUGAUGAGUGCCCAGGUCAUUGCACUGCCCAUUAAUGGCCUGGAAGAGGCCGCUUCCCAUUCUGGCCAGGCAGGCACAGAGACUGAGACCGAGGAGCCGGCACAGAGGGCCUGGAAGCCUGAGGAUGGAGAAGAGGCUGUGGCUGAAGGUUCUGACAGUGAUGACCUGGAGGCAGUCCCCCAGGACCAUGACAACCCACCUGCAUCUGUCCCCUUCCGAAGCCAGAGUGGUGUACACUGGGGCUAUGAAGAAACCAAGACUUACCUUGCAAUUCUUAGUGAGACUCAGUUCUACAAAGCCCUCCAGAACUGUCACCGCAACAGCCAGUUAUAUGACGCAGUUGCUGAGAGAUUAUGGGAAUAUGGCUUCUUUAGGACCCCAGAGCAAUGUCGGACCAAGUUUAAAAGCCUAAAAACCAGCUAUCAGAAAGUCAAGAAUGGCCAAGCACCAGAAACCUGUCCCUUCUUUGAAGAAAUGGAUGCUUUGGUGAGUGCCCGAGUUCCUGCCCUGCCUAGUGAUGACCAGGAAAAAGAAACAGCUUCUUGCUACCUCCAGGGAACCAGUGAGGCUGAAGCUGAGAAGCAAGCGGAGGACACAGAGGAGGAAGAUUCAGAUGAUGAAGAUGAUACUGAGAUACCCCCAGGGGCUGUUACAACCCGUGCCCCAGUCUUAUUCCAGAGCCCCAGUGGUUUUGAGGCUGGAUUUGAUAACGAACAGAAUCUUAAACGAGAUAUUUCUGAGGAAGUACAGCUGCAUAGGACAUUACUUGCAAGGGCUGAAAGGAAAAUUCCCUGUCACAUGAAUCAAGGUAAAGCUAUUAAGAAUGAGUGUUCAUCAGAAAGCCAGUGGGAAAAGACUCAGAGAGAGAAGAAAAGAAAACUGGCAUUCCCAGAGAAGAGUAUCAGUACAGUCCCGACUUAUCAGAGACCAGGCUUGGGAGACAGAUCCUACAAAUAUCUCAGAUAUGGCAAAAGAUUUGACCCAAACUCCCAUCUCAUGUAUCGGGUCUCCCAUCAGGUAGAGAAUCCAUAUAAAUGUGCUGACUGUGGGAAAAGCUUCAGUCGAAGCGCACGCCUCAUCAGACAUCAGAGGAUCCACACUGGAGAGAAACCUUAUCAAUGUGUGGACUGUGGGAAAGGUUUCCGUGACAGUUCCAAUUUCAUCACCCACCGGAGAAUCCACACAGGAGAAAAGCCGUACCAGUGUGGGGAUUGUGGAAAAUGCUUCAAUCAGAGCUCAAGCCUUAUAAUUCACCAGAGAACCCACACAGGAGAAAAGCCGUACCAGUGUGGGGAAUGUGGGAAAAGCUUCAAUAACAGUUCUCAUUUCAGUGCACAUAGGAGGAUACACACAGGAGAGAGGCCCCACGUGUGUCCUGACUGCAGUAAGAGUUUUAGCAAGAGUUCUGACUUACGUGCACAUCGCAGGACCCAUACAGGAGAGAAACCUUACGGGUGCCACGACUGUGGCAAGUGCUUCAGUAAGACCUCUGCCCUUAAUAAACACCGAGAGAUCCAUACCCGAGAACAGCUGCUGUCACAGUCCAUGUCUAAGUAAGCUCCCAACGAAGGGCCUCAGCAAAUGUA